AUGAAGAUCACAAAGACGCCCAAGCGUCUCGCACCAGCUGCUCCCGAAAUUCUAGCGCUGCAGGACCGCAUCACAAAGUCGUCCGACGACGAGUUGCCCGCCGUGCUUGACAGUGUAUCCGAAUGGUGCUGGCCACGAGGUGAUCUGUACUACUGGACCGGACUGCUCAACCGCUUCGACAACAUCCUUGAAAAUAUCUGCCGCGACUACGAGCUGUCCAAGAUUCAAGCCAACGACUUCACGCCGCUCACAAAGCGUCUCCUCGUCAGCAUUCUGCGCUUCUCGCGUCUCCUCAUCGAGAACUGCACCAACCGCAAGCUCUACAGCUCUUUCGAGCAUCUCAACGAUAUUCUCUAUACGCACGACCUUGAUGUCCUUGAAGCCGCCCUCCGUCUGGUGCUCCGUGCCGCACAACAGCACAGCAGCCACCAUCCUCGACAUGAGUUUCAGAUCUCCAAGGAGCGUCUCACCACGCUCGCCAUGAUCUGGACCCCGAGAGACCAUGGUCUCUCACUCGUCGACAUUGCCCAGUCAGAAAAGCUCAAUCCUUCGGAGCUCUCGCAUGUGCGCUUCCAAUUUUUCAAGCGUAGCGGCUCCACUGCAUCCGCACAGCCGGUCGCUUCGGCGUCUACAUUGUCCACAACCGAUUCCUCCCAUGCCGCUCGCAACUCGCCACAUCAGCAGCAGCAGCACAACCAUCACAACCCCUCCACCUCUACGCCCACACGCUUGCGCAACCGCGAUAGUCGUCCCGCCAUGCUUCCAGCUCUCUCCACCGGUGCACUGCCUGCUACGCCUACACGCACAGGGGACCGUGGCGACAACAAUGCCACGCAGGCUUCUAGCGCUGCCGUUCCUGCUGGUCGUCGUGAAGGUCUGGUCACGGUCGACCUUGGCAGGAUUACACCCGACCAUGGCGAUGCGGCUGAUCUACUGGCCAAGGCUAUCGAGACUUACGAGGUCCCCCAGGAGGAGCGUUUCGAGCUCUUUCAACGUAUCCGUCUGGCCCUCGGACUGCAGGAUGCGCGCGACCGCAGUCAAUUGCUCGUUUGCCGCCUCCUUGCCAUCGCUUGCUACGGUCUUGUCAUUGGCGAGUCGAUCGCCAGCACACAGCUUUUCCUCUACGAGCCUGACCUGAUUCAGCGCAUCGCUGCCCUUGUGGAUCCCGUGCAGAGCAUCGACAUGGCGGUGCAGAGCAGUGCUUUCUACGCACUCGAUAGUCUCGGUCGCUAUCGCAACAGGGUCAGCGUGGUGCUCAACUCCGUCAACGCUUCCGUCAACCACGGCAUCAUCCUCAGCGUGAUGCGAAACCUCAUCGACGACCUUCGAAAAGCUGAGCCUGCUUCGACCGAACACUUUGUCGACUCGGUGCUCAGCUUUGUCGCUUUCAUCGCCACCUCCUCUUCGGCAAGCCAUACGAUUGUCGGUGCCGGCCUCGUACCUCUCCUCGUCGAGCUCGUCGACAUUCGCAGCCCAGAUCGAUACAUGGUUCAGCGCACCAUUUCUCGUGCCCUCGGCCUGAUUGAUAGCCUCACUUACGCGGUGCCCCAAGCCUUCGACCUCUUUUGCAACGCGCGCGGUCUCGACGUCCUUGUCGAUCGCAUCAAGGCCGAGGUCAACCGUGACAUUGACGAUGGCGCUGCCGAUCGCAUGAGCGACAGCGUGUUUGGCGAGCCCGGCCCGGACAACUUGUACGGCCGCCUCUCCUUUGGCCGCGCCUCGUUGCUUCGAUCCAUGUUCAAGACCAUCACUCAGAUGAUGGCUUCCACUGGCACCGGUGAUGGCCUUCGCAACCUCGUCAACACCUCCCUGCCCGACUCACUCAAGCGUAUUAUCCUUCACCGCAACAUCUUCGGUCCACAGAUCUUGGCGCUCGCCAUCCUCAUCACCUCGACCUUUGUCCACAACGAGCCUACCUCGCUAGCUAUCUUGCAGGAGGCCAAGAUUCCCGAUGUCUUGUUCGAUGCUAUUGAAGCUGAUAUUGAGGCCCACUGGGAGGUCAUCUACUCGAUCCCCAACGCCAUUGGAGCCAUCUGCCUCAACCAGGCCGGCUUGGAUCUUUUCAACUCGCGUCACUUGAUUCCCAAACUCUUUUCCCUCUUCACCUCGGAGCGUCACACCAAGGUUUUCCAGGACCGCGACAAUGCCAACGCGUUUGGUGCCGCCAUCGACGAACUUAUGCGCCACCAACCCAGUCUCAAGCCGCUCGUCAUGGAGUCUAUCAUGCGCUCUCUCGACGACAUCAGUCAGAUGGGCCGCACGUUUGAGCUUCCGCAGGAUCCAAAGGCGCGUGCGGCCUACGGCUUAUUGGCAGUUGGCGAUGCUGCUGCAGCAGCAGCCGCUGCUGGCGCUCGCGCUGUGGCGCUCGCGGACGUCGUGACGGAUGAGCCCGACCCGAUCCGCAAGGAAGAUCUCACCAAGCUCGAGACGAACCCGGUCAUCGCCGCCAUCGAUGUCGUGUCACGCUUCCUCGAGGGUCUUUUUCAAACCAGCUCGCACUGCAAAGAGUUUAUCAAGAUGGAUGGCCUCGAAAAGCUGCUCGGCUACUACUCGCUGCCCUGCUUGCCCUACGACUUUUCUGCAUCGCUGCUUGCCGACUCGCUAGUGACGCUCAUUCGCCUGAUGGCUGAGAUCAGCCCAAGCACCGUCUUGAUCGCUAUGCUCCGAGACAUAAAGGUUGCCUGGGAGCAAGUCACGGCGCUACUCGGCUUGCCCGACAAGUCCUCGGCCUCCAUACCCCAUGACGAUAAGUCACGUUUCUUGUGGAUGGCAACACCUCGAGAUGACGCCGAAGCGAAUACAGCCAAUGCCGCUUUUCGAAAGCUCGUAGGUCUGUGCUCACGCACACACCUCUUCACAGACGUAUGCACCAUCACCUACGUCGGUCACAAGCUGCCGUCCAUCUUCUUGCAGACGCUAGUUUCCAGCUCCACAUCUGGCACGAUCAGCAUCGCCGAGCUCGGCGCAAUGCACCGGGCCUGCGCCUGGGAGAACAUGCUGCUCAAGACUUCACUCCCUCCUCCGCCUCCAUCAUCUGCAACAGAAAAGAUCUCGACGGAGGUCAGCUCUGCGGGCGCUCCACAGACUGGAUCACAGUCGCCCUCAGUAGCCACCGAAGCACCUGGACAAGCGUCGACCAACGCGAACCGCACUGCAGGCUCUUUUACGCAGACGCAGGCGACACAGGUGCAACGGACCCCUCAGCACGGUGUCCCGGAUGACCUAUUGCAGGACCUGGCGGGAACGGUAGAGCAGCGCGCUCAGUCCCGCAGCUCCUUGCAGCCUGAGCAGGAGCAACCUGGCCACAAGAAUGCAGCUGCGCUGCGCUACGUAGCAUCGCAGAUCCCGUCUUCGUUGACAUCGCUCUUCGAAGAGACGGUGCGCUACUUGGCUCCGCGUCGCAGCGUUGACGCAGCACACAAGACGGCGGCGCACACGGCUUCAAUCGAGAUCGCCAAGUCGCUCACAGAGCACCUUGCUUGGAGGGAAUCGAGCAACGGCAUCAAUAGCUUUGCCUUUGCCACGCUCAUGAUCUGCCAGACGAGCUGUCUUCUGUUUGAUGAGCGUCCAAACUCUCCGACCGUCUACCCCGCCAUCUUGCGAGCCCUGGACAAGCAAGGCGGCCUCGAAGCGCUCUUUGAUCUAUUUCGUCGCUACGUGGCCGAAAUCGACCGGUUCUACAAUGGUCACGGCAACAGCAUGAAGUUGUCGGCCAGCGACAUUGACGAAGCUGGCAUCAAGCUGGGCCAUACGUGCGGCGGUCUGAAGGUGUCUCUGGGCGUGUUGCUCAAGCUGGCGCACUGCAAAGGUCUCAUCGAUUCGGCUCAGACGACACAGCUCAUUCGCGAAGGCGGCAAGGAUGUGUUUGAGCCUCAUGCCUACUUGGUCAAGAUUCGCCUCGAUGUGUUGCAGCUGUUGCUAGCUGCGUGGGACAAGCCUUGGCUGCCUUCGUUACCUGCGUCUGUCAAUCGGUUGAUGCUUCAGAAUCUUCUGACCAUUCUCAAAGCUCAGAACGAGUCUGCAUCCGCUCCCAAGAAAACGUCGACGGCUUCGGGCUCUUCGGGUGCGGCCGGAUCGUUUGAAUCGGCUAUUCCGACGCUACUUAACAUGCCCAAUCCGUUUGCAUUCGGAAGUGCACCUCGUGUGAUCCCGGCGCCUAUUCGCAGGCCACCCAACGAGGAGCGUGUGCGCACGAUGGUCGACAUGGGCUUCCCCGAGGGUGCUGCACGCCACGCUCUCUCGCGCUGUCAGAACAAUCUCAAUGCGGCCACCGAGUAUCUGUUGGCACGCGAUGACCUUGUCGUUCACUACCGGGAUAAUCCGAAUCAGCCUUGGAACGGUCAAGGCAUUACUGGCUCUAGCGAAGGUCUAAAUGGAGCUCGUCCGGCUGCCCUGCCCGCGAUUGAAAUUGCUCCUCCGGCCACUGACGCCGUUGCACCAGCCACGAACGACGAUGCAGAUGCAUGGGAUGAUGAAGAGGAUCGCACUCUUGCUCAUGACGAGUCCAAUGCAUCCAGUGACGAUGUGCCGGAUGCACCUAUGGCGGAUGCUGGAGGCAGCGACGCUUCUGCUGCCGACACUGGCGACAAGAAGCCCGAGGUAGACGACACGAUGGAUGCUGACAAGGCAGCCAAAAUCAAAUUGGACUUGGAUCAGCGCCGAAAUGCACUUCGAGCGUCACUGGUCGAGCGAGGACUCGAGCUAGCCGACCACCAUCCUGCUCUGGUUUUCGAAGUCAAAUCGGCCAUUCUGUUGCAGGUGUCGGAGCGGACCAAGGCGAUGACCCACAUUGAGGCGCUCGUCAAGGUGAUUGAUUCCGAGGCUUCUUCCGCAUUCGGCGACAAAGCCGACUUUGUCGCUUUGCGCAUGCAGCUGCUCGCCCUCGUCUUGCACGACGAGCAGAUCUUCAAGCAGCUCGACCGCGACGUAGUCAACUCGGCCUUAACGUCACUCGAACGUCUCAUCCAAAUCUACAGCACCUGGUCGCCAUCGAUCCGAGGCUCGAGCAACGCUGCACCGGCCUCGCAAUCUGAGUGCCUUGCCGAGGUGACACGAACCGGCACAUCUGAGCCGCUACCGAAAUCGUCAUCGCAACCCAAAUGGCUGGCAUCGCUGAUCCUUGCUCUUAUUGGCAUUCUCGGCUUUUCCGAGGACAUCGCAGAAGUCAAGCCGGACGAUGAAUUGCUCGAGGAUCCGGUAGACGACAAUCCUCUGUCGUCGGGUGGGUCGGGCGAUGCAACGACCAAGUCGGACGAGGCUAAGGCGGCCGCUGGCGGCACACCUUCGUCAACCGCUUGCAUAUCCACCACCGACAAGCCCGUUCUGCCUCGUGUACGUGUUGGUCCGGUGUCUAUCUCGGAUACGCUCUUCCGCUUUGCCUUGCAAAUCUUCCGGCAGGCAACUUCACUGGAGAGGAACGACCUGCUGGCCGCCUUCCGCCUGCUGACCGUCUUGACGCGCAACUCUUCUGUUGCUGCGCGCUUCGCUCGUGAAGGAGGCGUGCACUUGAUGUUCGAGCCUUUCCAUGUGCUCGAGCCUAAACAAGUGUCGGGCUGCCAGCCGUUUGUUGCGCUCGUGCUUCGACACAUUGUCGAAGAUGCGCAGACGCUGGCUACCGUUAUGACGCAAGAGAUUCACGGCCUGGUGGCGCAAUCGCGCAACAAGACCAGCGACACGUCGACCCUGGUACGCCAGCUGGAUUGUGCAGUUUUGCGAGACCCGGAUGUCUUCCUCGAUUCGGCGGUUUCCAAGCUCGAAAUGACCGAGUACUCGCCGACCAAGGGCAGUGGCCACGUCAGGCUGAUCCAAGGUACGACCGCCGCCGAGACAGGCGCCAAAGAGUCCCCCUCGGAUCUUGCCGGUAAUGGGCAGGCAAGUCUGGCCAGUCUCCGUCUUGGCGACGAUCCCAAGGAGACGAAGACCGAUGCUGCCACCGGAAAAACGGCAGACGAGCCCGGCUUCUUCAAGUCAGCGGUGCAGUCGUCGGUCGUGAGUGCACCAUCCGAAGAGCUUGACGGUCUCAUCGCCUUCCUCCUGACCGAGCUUCUUAAAAGCACAUCAAAGAAAUCACUGUCGACGACCGCCUCAGCGAGCGAUGCUGCCACCUCCACUGCCAAUCAGGAUUCUGUUCAAGUCAGCGCCCAGAACGCCGCCGAUUCGCCGGACAACACAGCUGCGCCCGCUCAUUCGACUGCCUCCAACGACGCAACGAGCAUCAGAACGGAAGAGGAGAAGCAAGAUGACAUUGCCUUCUUCUACUCUACCUUCCUCAUGCAGUGCCUUACCGAACUCUUGUCCUCCUAUUCUUCGUGCAAAACCUCGUUUGUCAAUUUCAGCAAAAAGCGCCUGUUUGCCGCAACAGCCGGUAACGUCGCCUCUCAGGUGUCAGCGCCGGCUGCCAGUGCGCCAAACAGUGUCAGCUUUGCACCUGGAACACCUGGGAGCAAGGAUGCGGUACGAUCGCGUGCUGGCAUCCUCGGCACAUUCUUGUCGGAGCUCGUUCCCGCCGGUUUCCUGAGCUCGUACGGCAGCAACGAGUUGCGCAGGAAAAUGACAUUGUCCAAUUGGGCCAUGUCGGUGCUCGUAGCUCUCACGGCAGACGUCAGCGUGCACAUUGAUGUAAAGGAAGUGCCAGCAGAUCUGAUCAUGGUGCGCAAGAUUGUGCUCGAUGCGAUCGCUCGCACGAUCAAGGAAGCCGCUUCCUCGUCAGAACCCAUUGAGGUGCGCUACGGCCGUCUGUACGCUCUCAGUGAUCUCUGCUACCGUUUGCUGAUAGCGCGUCCGAAUAGCACGGGCGGCAAGCAGACCGAAGAUUUGACCCUUCACAUGGCCAAGACGAUGCUGGAGAAGAACUACGUGACCGUACUUACCAGUGCCAUUGCCGACGUCGAUCUAAACCUGCCUACGGUCAAGUCGCUGCUAGAAGCCAUUCUGCGACCACUGGAGCAUCUCACCAAGGUCUCUAUCAAGAUGGGCAAGGCCAAGGACAAGAACAGCGGUCGCACCGUCAUCGACGAGUCCGAGGAUGAUUCCGAAUUCUCAUCAGACUACGAUAUGGAAGAGGACUUUGACGAUGAGGAUGAAGACGACGAGGAGAUCGAGCGCCAAGAGACGCCCGACUUCUACCGCAACUCGUCACUCGGAAUGCACACGGGUGAGAUGGAGACUGGGCUCGAAGACGACGAGAUGUCGGACGAGGACAUGGACGAGGACGAGGACGACAUGGAAAUGGAGGAUUUCGACUCGGAAACUGGUAGCGAGCUGUCCACGGACGAGGAGCUAGAAGGCCUGGACGGUGACGACCCGCACAUUAUGGAACUGACCGACUCGGAUGCCGACAUGGACGACUCGAGUGAUGAGGACUCUGACUCGGAUGGCGACGACCACACUCAUUCGCAUUCACGCGGUCACGGCAGCCACCGCGACGAUGCCAGCAUCGUUGACGAGGAGGACGGAUGGACCACCGAGGACGAAGAAGACGAAGGUGAAGACAACUUCGAUGACGAGGACGAGGAGGCGCUCGACUUUGUGUUUGAAGAUAGCGACGACGGUAUCUCUGCCAACCCCGACGACGUGGACGACGAGCACGUGAUCGGCAUGGAUGAUGAUGUUGGCGACGGUCUUCUGGACGAUGAAGAGAUCGAGAUGCUCGAAGAGGACUCGAUGGAUGGUCACGACGACAUGUCGCAGCUCGAGCUCGCCGAGGAGUACGCGGCUCCUGUCGAUGACCGCUUCGGCGCCAACUGGGGCUGGACUGCAACUGCCGACCCACGUUCGGGUGGCUCGGGCGCGUACGGGGAUCGUCCACGCACGUCUGGCGUCUUGCCGCCCAACUUUUUCCUGCCGAAUGCGAUUGCCAACGUGGGCAGUGGCACGGGUGGUCACCGUCGACGCAACCUGCUAGACUUUGACUCGAUGAUGGCGCCUCGUCGCUUGGCGCCACCUUCGGACGAGAUCUCGACUCAUCCGUUGCUGGUGGACCAGUCGGAUGCCGAUGCCAGCCGUCAUGCUGGGCGAGGCGCUCGUCGCGGCUCUGGCGGCGGACCGCUUGCGUCUGGACAUGCUGACUGGGCGCAGUCUGUCGAGGAGUUCGUGGGCGAAGGUGCAUUGCAAUUCCUUGAGAACCUGCUGACACGAGGCGGUGCAGCGGGCGGUACUCAGGGCAUCCGAAUCGAGCUUGGCGAUGGCGGCCGCAUGCGCAUCGAUGGCAUCGACGUGAGCGGUCGUCUUGGUCGCGGCGGACCGCAUCAUCACCAUCACCUUCAUCAUCACCAUCACCACAGCCAUACUCACCACGGCCAAGCUGUACUUGGUGGUGAUGGGCAGCGCGCAUCAAGCAGCAGGCAAGCUGCAUCGCAGAACGAUCCUGUCACGCUUGCACAGUCGUUUACGCCGAUGCCUACGCUUACGCGGUGGUCCGAGGAGGCGCUCAUCCUGCUGCCAUCUUCUAGCGUGUCGAACGAGCGCACGUCAAAGAUGCGUAAUCACGUCAUCAACGCGCUGUUAUCGGGCUUCAAGAAGCACCGCCUGGAGACGCGUCGCCAGCUAGAAGAGAGCCGCAAGGCCUGUGAGCAAGCACGGCAGACAAAAGAAGAGGCGAAAGCCGACAUCGAGCGGCUACGUGAAGGCAAGCAACGCACCGAAAAGGAGCUGGAGGAGGCGCGCGAGCGACUGCGCCACGGUGAGGAGCGUGCCCGACAGAUGCUCGCCGAAGGCGAUGCCGCGUACGAAGCGGAGGCGAGUGGCACCGGUGCGGUAACCGCGUCGGACAGCGUGUCGAUUGGCGGUGAUGCAAGCGUUGCGCCAGCGUCUUCUUCUUCGGUGACUGACGAUGUUGAGAUGGUGGAUGUGGAAGCUGCUGCGACUAGCCGUUCUUCGUCCCAAUCUCAGCCGGCAGAGGCGACCUCGGAUGCCGGCGCAGCGCAAGCGCAACCUCGUCCGUCGGCGGAAGCCGCACGUGCGACCAUCACGAUCAACGGCGAAGAGAUCGACAUCACGGAUACAGGCAUCGACCCAACGUUCCUCGAGGCGCUUCCAGACGACUUGCGCGAGGAGGUUCUCAACCAGCACUUCCGGGAGCGUCGCGCUGCCGAAGCCACGAGCAACCUGCCGCAACCUACUUCGAUUGCCCCAGAAUUUUUGGAUGCUCUACCGCCUGAGCUGCGUGCUGAAGUGAUCCAGCAAGAGACGCUUGAGGCGUCACGACGCCGAAUGCGCGAGGAGAUGGCCUCGCGUGUUGAUGGGGACCGAGCUGGCCAAAGCGCUGCGCAAGCGGCGGGCGAACGUUCGCUUGGUGCUGGCUCUGGACGCAGCGAUGAAGAUGGUAUCGGAGGGAUCAACCUGAUCGACGGAUCUCGAGGCGCAGCGUUGGGCGGGCAUGAUGUUGAAGCCCUGCUUGGCGAAGUGGAUGAGAUGGGUGACAUGCUUGGGCUGCCAAGUUUGGGCGGCGAGCGCACGGAGGGUGGUAGUCGCCAACACCGUCGAUUCGAGGACGAGGAGGAGAGGCAAGACGUUUCGAAUGGCACGAUUCGUGCGUUGCCUGGCUCGAGCGCUGGUCGAAUGAGCACCAUACCGGUGCAUAUGCUGGAUGUGACGGGACGUGUCGGAGCUACCGAGCUGCAUGGGCGGGAGCGUGUAGACAUGGCGAGGGGAGGGGCGUCUUCGCGCGACGGCAUCCAGCUUCUGGACAAAUCGGGUGUGGCGACACUGGUACGACUGCUGUUCUUCCCGCAGAUGAACGCCAAGCAGACGGCUUUGCACAAGGUGCUUGCGAACCUGUGCGAGAACCUCAAGACACGCUCGGAGCUGCUGAAUUUGCUGCUGAUGGUUCUGUCGGAGGGCUCGGUGGAUGCGCACGCUGUGGAUCGCUCGUUUGUGUCGAUGAGCAAUCGGGCGAACCGCAUGCACUCGACGCCAUCGAGACCGACGCCGAAACGAGCCAACUCUGGCCCUGCUAGCGCCAUGCAUGGGCAUAGCUCGACGCCAGGUGGUCAGGGACAGGGCAUGGCGGGCUCGACGGCGCCACUGUCCAAGACGGGCGAUGAGGCGCCGUUCCUGAUUGCGUCGCGCAGCAUUGACACACUGCUGCACCUGACUUCGGUUAACACACACGCGGCGCUGUGGUUCUUGCGAAACGAUGCACGACCGCCGAAGCGAGGGAAGGGCAAGGAAAGGGAGAAGGAGAAGGAGACAGACGGGUGGGAGCGCGGUACGGCGCCGAUCAACGUGUUGCUCGGGUUGCUGUGCAAGGAGACGAUUUUGGGCAACAGUCAGCUGGUGGACUCGCUGUUGGCGCUGAUCCACUCGGUGACCAAGCCGCUGUACUAUACGGCUGCCAAGACAAGUGGCACAUCGGCGUCGAAGGGUGUGGCAGACAACAUUGCGACGAACGCGUCGGCCGAAGCAGCGAGCAGCACAGAAAUGGCGCGAAGCGAUGGAGGAGGAGUGAGAGAGAACGAGGCGGUGGUUACAGCAGGCGAAUCGGCGUCAGGCGCCACAACUGGCGAGCGGGAUCGCGAAGCGGGUACUUUGAUGGUUGGAUCGCAUCUGAAAGCGGAACUGGACGAGCUGCCGACGAUUCCAGCGGAUCGACUGUGCAACCUGGUGAAACCUUUGACGACGGCGCUGUCGAGCAAAGGGUUCCAACACACACUGUGGAUCGCGGCGCACGUGAACUGCAUCGACGGAGCUCGGGAUACAAUCUGUGGCGCUCUGCAAGCGCAGGCGAACCAAGCAUCGCGGUCGUUGAUGGGCGAUCUGGAUGCGCUGCUGGCGACGCUGCCCGAGGCAGUGGCGGAAGAUGAGGAGGAGGAAUUGGGGGACAAGAAGGCGAAUACGAAUGCGAAUGCGAAUGCGAGCGCUCGAGGUGGCGGCGAUGGAGAGCUGACGCCUGGAGGAGCGGCGACGGCGGCGGCAGCUGCGGCGUCAGCUGGAGUGACGCAGUCAGGCAUUGUGAUCAGUGGGCCGACGGUGACAGAUCGGCUGUCGGCGAUGAGCGGAGCGCAACGGAUCGAAUCCAAGGCGUUGGCAACAUUGGCAAGCCCAACCAACGCACAGGCGGUGUUGCUGCGAAGUUUGCGUGCGCUCAACUACAUUAUGACGGGCCGCUAA